CUGAAUUACAAUAAAUAAACGAAUGAGUAAAUAUCAAUGUACGACGUAUAGAAAUGAAGGAUAAAUUUAUUCACAUAACUCAAUGAUUUUCAUUACAAACUAACGACAAUGAGAACAGAUUUCAUGUGCUUAUUAUUUACAACUAUUCUAUACUCACUGCUAUAUCUAACAUUCAAUGUUAACAGUCAGUUGGACGAAAACGACGAAAGAGAAAAUUCAUCAUUACAAAGAAAUGAAUUUCGUUCAGAAAAAAGUGAUUCUGACUCCAGGAGAACGGAAAUGAGAGAAACUAAAAAUAGACAGUCACAGGAAAACAGCAAAGAUUCACAUUCAAGUUCAAGUGGCGAUUUCGGAUUCCAAUCUUCACAACGAAAAUUCCAACUGAAAUACGCAAAUCGAAGAAAAAGUGAUAUUUAUACUAGCGGUUACCAAACAUUCCUCGGAAAACGUAGACGAGGCAGUAAAUCACAUGUGAAAACCACAUUCAGAAAACGUUCUAGCUACGAUCACAAUGGUCGAAAGAAACGAAGUUCCAUAUUCGAAAGUUAUGGUGAGGCAGACAGUUUCGACAGAAAGAAAAUACGUGAUGUGUUCGAUGUGAAUGGAUACAUAUCAGAGGGUCGGAAGCGUACUAAACUCGGUGGAUACAUCCAAGAAGAUCGACAUGCGUUUGUGUCAGGUGGACAUAAGUCGCAAGCUUCUCGAAACAAUAGGAAAUCUAGUGAGGACGGAAGUCACUUUGUAAAUGAAACUCAUAAUCAAGGAUCUCGUACUCACAAUUUGAAAAAAAUUGAUGGAACUGCAAACAGUACUAUACCGCGACGUCGAAAAUGAAUUAAACAAAUAUCUUAAAUUUACACGUCUACACGUUAAUGGAUAUUCCGUGUUCGAAAUUAAUAUUCAGUUUCACAUUACUAUCAAUAUUAUUUUGUUCCUACCAAUCCCUCAUUCUUUUCUUUCAAAUCAUUCUUCACAAUCAAUGGGCGUUAGCUACAUUAGGUUCACUCUCAUCAUAAUAUUGAGUCAUCGUUUACAAAAUUCACUACUUUCAUCUCCCUCAUCACUGGAAGAUGAAAUCUCUUUCACACUGUUUGUAUUCUUCUAAAUAACAUUUGCAAACUCUAAUAAUUCAUUGUAACAGACCAUGCAUCGCAAGAACAGGUGGGUAAAUGUAUUUGAAAACAAAAGACACCAUAAACAUUUUCUUUUAUUCACACCUAUCAAUCCAGACAACUUGCACCGUACACUUUAUCUAUUCACACGUGGAUUACCAGUCAUGCUACAGAAUGAACAUGGUAGUCGAAACAAGAAAAUGAUAGAAUGAUCGCGUCUUCGACGCACUUGUCUAUAUAUACAUUUCAGUGCUUUCAUCCUUCAUCGUUUCAGAUGAUUCAUACAUAUGAUUACACGUAGACAACACAUUGAACCCUGUUUAAAAUACAUUAUAUAAGGUAGUCAUUUC